CAGCCCCGCCUUCCGCGCCCCGCCUCCGCCCCCGCCGCAGCUCGCACGGUCGAGUCGCGCCCUCCCGCCCCUCGUCGCCCAACUUGCUCCAACUUCCUUGGCCGAGUGGGUCUGCGCGGCUGCCGCUGCCUUGGGAUCCUGCUUCUCAGAAGAUGCACUAUUAUAGAUACUCUAACGCUGAGGUCAGCUGCUGGUACAAGUACCUCCUGUUCAGCUAUAAUAUUGUGUUCUGGUUGGCUGGAGUUGUCUUCCUCGGAGUCGGCUUGUGGGCAUGGAGCGAGAAGGGUGUGCUGUCAGACCUCACCAAAGUCACCCGCAUGCAUGGAAUCGACCCCGUAGUGCUGGUGCUGAUGGUGGGAGUGGUGAUGUUCACCUUGGGGUUUGCUGGCUGUGUGGGGGCCCUGCGCGAGAACAUCUGCCUACUCAAGUUUUUCUGCAGUGCCAUAGUGCUCAUCUUCUUCCUGGAGCUGGCUGGGGCCGUGCUGGCAUUCCUAUUCCAGGACUGGGUCAGGGAUCGGUUCCGGGAGUUCUUUGAGAGCAACAUCCGAUCCUACCGGGAUGACAUUGACCUGCAGAACCUCAUCGACUCCCUUCAGAAAGCGAACCAGUGCUGUGGGGCAUAUGGCCCUGAAGACUGGGACCUCAACAUCUACUUUAACUGCAGUGGUGCCAGCUACAGCCGUGAAAAAUGUGGAGUGCCCUUCUCCUGCUGCGUACCGGACCCUGCGCAAAAAGUCGUGAACACACAGUGUGGGUAUGAUGUCAGGACUCAGUUGAAGAGCAAGUGGGAAGAGUCCAUCUUCACAAAGGGCUGUAUCCAGGCACUGGAAGGCUGGCUUCCCCGGAACAUUUACAUUGUGGCCGGGGUCUUCAUCGCCAUCUCACUACUGCAGAUAUUUGGCAUCUUCCUGGCAAGGACCCUGAUCUCAGACAUUGAGGCGGUGAAGGCAGGACACCACUUCUGAGGGGCAGAGCCAAGUGAGCAGAGCUGAGCUGAGCCAUGCCAUGGAGGCCAAAGUCCUUCACUGUCACUGACUGUCUGUCCAGAGGCGGGGUGUGUGCACCCAGCCCAGGCCAGGCCAGCACCCUGCCUGUCUUCUGCAUCGGUGUAACACGUCCACUGUUUCUGCUUGCUGGUGCUGAAGACCGAGACACUCCCUGCCCCCCUUCUCGCUGUGGUCAACCCUCAGACAGAGGCAAUGUCUUCCAGUGGGGACCCUGACUCUGAGGGACAGAUGGGGUUCUCGUGACUUUGAGGAGGAGGGCAGGAUUUGGUUGUCACCCCUGGGCCCAAGUACAGAGAGUCCCUGGCUCCAUUCACCACUUGCAUCCCUGGUGCCGGCCUGGAGGAGGACAACCUCAGCUUCUCUGAGUGGGACCAGGAGGCGUGGAUUAACUUCUCCCAGCAGCGUGGUGGGUGCUGUCUGCAACUGAAGAGAGGGGAAACUACUAGUGGAUCACCAAGGACCUGCUUGUUGUCUCUGUACAAGUUGAAGGCAAUUUGCAGAACCCUCAGCUGCGUCCCAAGUGAUGUAAGCCUUGGCCAGUAUAUGGGCCGGGGCCACCAGAGCCCCUGGCUUACUGUCCCCUAUGUCCCUGGGCCAACAAUGACCUUUGAUCUCCUCAGCAUUAUGGCUUGACAUCACGAGGGAGCCCAGUUUCUUCAGCAAGAGCUGGUUCUUCUUCAAGUGUAAAAUAGUUUAUUUAUAGGGGUAAGGAUAUUCUCACUCCAUCUCUUCAUUUCUUCUGGCAGUCUCCCGGAAGCAGCCUUACAGGGUGUCUGGGACGGAAGCCAGGUCCUUUCAGUUCACCCCAAGCGCCUCAAGAAUCAAGUCCACAAGCUCCUUCUCCCCACCCCUCUUCGACAACCCAGAUGCACACUUAUGCUCCCCCUUCCUCUGAAGCCCCAAUGCACAUCCACUGCCACCUCUCCAGCGUGGCCUGUCUUCUGGUCUUGGUGCUACUGAAACUGUCCCUGGAACUUGAAUCUUCACGCUCCCUCCCUCCAAGGCCUGGGAGCCCCUGGCAGAAGCAGUUAGCCUAAAGCCUCUGGCCAGGACCUUUGUCAAGGCCACAUGCCCAGGGUGACUAGCCAGCCUCUUCCUGAAGAUAAAGGGUCUGCAGCCAGGCCCCUGUGCUGAGCCACCUGUAACUGCACAGAAACUCCAUAGAUUUUUGUUGCUAACGAAUCCUCUGCCAGACCCCAGCGGGUUCUCUGUGGCCUCUGUAUUUGAAUACCCUUCCUGGUCAGGACUGUUCUGAGGCUUGCUCUUGGAAAUGAAGUCUGUCUCCUGUAUUGAAUAACUGAUCCCCCCUACCUCCCCUUUUAGAGAUAGCUGGGGGGUGUUCGUCCAUCUGGGGCUGGUCUACUUGUUUAGUGCUUCUCUGGACCUCCGUACCAGUUCUGUUCUCUUCCUUUGUUCAGGGACCGAGUGCUACCUUCACUGAACUUUCUGAAGUGUACAUUCUAACGUGGUGUAUACUGGUGGGUGUUUGUCGAUGACUUUUUUUUUUUUUUUUUACAAUUUUUUUUCUCUAGGGGAAGAAGAAUGCUUGUGUUUUUAGGAAGUGUGAUGCUUUUCUUUGACUGCCAGACUCUUUUAUGGAAUAUAUCUUUAUAGUAA